AAUUAAUUGUAUCGAAACAGGAACAACUCUUUGCGCAUGUUCGGCGUUCAUGGUUUCCUUCAUUUCUUCUAACUCUGUUUAAUCUUGUUUUUGUAUGUGUUGACACUGUUUUAAAAGAUUAUGUCAAGACGGUCCAGUCGAGUCUCCAUGACUGGAGAUAAUGGGGAGUUUUAUCUUGAGUGUAAAGCAGCUUACCUCUCCAUCUAUGACAGUGUCAAGGAUGAGAUUGAUUCUGUAGAAGACCUAGUGCAAGUUUUACAGCAGGCAGGCAGAAAUCCAUCAAAGAAAGUUUUAGCCAGAUACUGGAAAUCUGACACAGAGCACUUGACAUUCGAUGAGUUUGUGGACAUUUGCAAAAAAGAAAAAGCCACCACAGCGGAUGACUUGAUGAAAGCAUUUAGGAAAAUAGAUAUUAAUGGAGAUGGUUAUAUUUCAUUAGAGGAGCUCUACAAAAUAAUGACCACUAAAGGUGAAAAAAUGAGCCGUUCAGAUGUCAAAAAGAUGAUUGAUGAAGUGGACGAAAACAAAGAUGGACGUCUGGACUAUGGAGAAUUUUGCAAGAUGAUCAUGGAAACAACAGAGGAAUGUAAGAAAGUGUCAAGGAAGAUCAUGGAGAAAAAAGAACUUAAAAGAAGGAAGGAAGAUCAGACAAAAACAAGUGACUCUAGGUCAGGUUCUCAGGUCUCAGUGAGAUCAGCAGCAUCUGUGAAAAGUUACAGUGAGAGACCCAUGUCUGCCUCUUCCAGAUCAAAUAAAGAUAAAAAUGAGGACACACCUGCAGAUCCAGAACCGUCAGAAUCUCCUAGCAAAGAAAAUGCCACAACAGAAAAGGAAAUGGGGUCAAAGGUUUCACUGAGGUCAAAAGGAAGUGACCAGGCAUCUAUCAAAGGAUCAAGGGUUUCACUGAAAUCAAAUAAGAAUGAAGACCAGUCCAAAUCCCAAGAUAUGGGGUCUAGAGGUUCAGUAAAGGAAAAUGAGGAAGAAGGACAAGAGGAGGAAAAUAUGGGAUCUAGUAGUACACUGAAAGAGACAGAGCCAGCACCAUCAGACCAAAACAUGGGAUCUAAAGUUUCAGUCAAAACCACAGAGGAAGGAACUGCAUUAGAUUCAGGGUCAAAGGCUUCUUUAAAGUCUGACACAAAGAAAGAUAGUUUGGGUUCCAGAGCUUCACUGAGGUCUAAAGGCGAUGGGAUCAGUAGCGAGGAAGUUAAAAAGUCUUCUGCCUCCUUGAGGAGCAAGGAAGACAAACCUGAAGGCAUGGGAUCCAAAGUAUCAUUGCAUUCAAGAAGGGAAUCCAAAGGAGAAAUUGAGGGAUCAAAAGCAUCUCUGAAGUCAAAAGACAGUGAUGUUAUCAAACAGGAAAAUAUGGGAUCUAGAACAUCACUCAAGUCCCAUGGGGAAAUGGGAUCUAAAGUUUCCCUGAAGUCUAAAGCAGAAUCCAAUAUGGGAUCGAAAGUGUCUAUUAAAUCCAAAAGUGAGUCUAAUGCAGCAUUAGAGGCAGCAGCUACAGAUGAUGAGGAAAAUCUCAGAGUGAGGCCAACUGCUCGUGCUAGAAAGGACAGUAAAUCCAUGAGACAAAUCAAUGAAGGGAGUAUGUUUGGUUCAUUUGCCUCCGUAAAAUCAGGUGCAUCAUUGGCAGGAUCAAGGAAGUCUUUGCUUAGUGUUGAUGAUCUUCCAAAGCCAUCUCCAAGGAACAAGAAGUCCAAAGGUCCGGCUGCAGCUUCCUUGGCUAAACUUUCAGAACCCAAAAACCUAAAGGAAUGGACACAUGCAACUAGUAAAGGGAUGUUUUACAUUGAUGAAGAGACAGAAAAGCUUCUCUGUCAUCAGUAUAAUCUUAAAUUGACAGAGGACACAUCUGUGUGGAUCACAAUCCAGCCAAUCAAAACUCGCUGUCAAGCUGAUUCGGACCAGGUCAUAGACACAGGCUUGUUUAUCCUGAGAGACAAACCGGAUGAAGAUGGCAAUGUCCUUAUAACGUUUACAAGGCACAGAGAUGCAAAGGGGAAAUAUGGAGUGAAAUGUUCUUUGGACGCAGGAAACUACCGCAUCAUUCCCUUCACAACAGGAUCUCGUCUCAAAAAACGAGAGAGCGAUCCUUCAAGUGCAGCAAAAUUGCUACAACUCAAAGAUGGAAAAUAUACCAUAUCCAAGGCCUUCAGGAAAGUGCUAGAAGACAUCUUUGACCUGUCUGACCUUGACGGGAAUGGGACAAUGAGUCGGGAGGAGUUCAACUGGUACAACAUCCGGACGAGUGAUGAGGAGGUCGGCGAUGAUGAGUGGGAGGUGGUGGAGGAGAGACUGGAACUUGAGGAUGGCGAAAUUACAAAGAAUGGUUUCCUCCAGCUGAAUGAAAUGGAGGCAGAGGAUUCUAAUGGAGAUGAGGACGACAUGUGGGUGACACUGGAGAGUCUGGGCAUCAACAAAGAGCUGGUCAUGGAUGAGGCUUGUCCAUUCGUAAUUGAUGUCUACACAGAAGACUGUGAUGAUGCUGAAUUUAAAGUGGAAGCCAUUGAAGACAUGAUGGAUAAACUGCAGCGUCCCUUGUGUCAGUCUGUGAUGGAAAAGGGUGAAGCCACCAAGGUGAAGGGUAUGAAGGAUUUAACGAUGUUCACAUAUAUGAGUGACACCAGAGCCACCAUUGUAGUAGACAAUAAGUCUUACAGUAGUGUCCGUUUAAACCUUGAUUGUUCUGGCAGCCGAAAUUGUCUGACAAAUCAACCCUCAUUGGAUGAAACAUUCUCUGUCAAAUCACAGUCUCAGAUCAUUGCGUAUCAUUUUACACCAAAGAAUGAAGAUGAUGAAUGGAAUGUCAAGUGCGAAGAGAGUAUUCAGAAAUAACAUCAUGCAAUUAAGAAUAGAUUGAUUGUAUUAAUUACAGAUUUCUUAAAGUUU